AUGGAGUAUAUUGCUGAAAUUACUAACGAGGAGAAAAUGAAGGAAGCACAAACAUUAAAGGAAGUAUCUGAUUACAUUGUAAAAAAAGAUGGUCCACUACUAAGUGAAUCCACUAUUCACAGAAUACUAGAGAAAAUUAAAUAUUCUUACCAUGGAGUUCAUUAUCGUAAUCCAAAACAAAAGCAAACUUUGGCUGAGGCUUUAGAUUUCAUGGAAGAGGUCAAUAAAUUGACCCCACAUCUCAUUUUAUCCACCGAUGAAAGUGGUUUUCCUUUAAAUUUGGCUCAUAAAGGAGGAAUAAUUCAUUGGGAUUUGUUUAAGGGAGCAGUUAACACUGAGAUUUUUGUCAAUUUUAUUAACAAUGUUAAACUUCCUACUGAUGAAAAAUACUAUCUUUUAAUAGAUAAACUUAGAGUCCAUGAAGCUAAAAAGGAAGUUUUUCAUGUAAUUAAGAAGUAUGUUGAAAGUCAAGAACCAAGGACAUACGAAGAUUUGAAAAAAGUUAUUAGUGAAAAAAUAAAUGAACUCCAAGAAAAAGGUUUAACCAAGUAUUUUAAAGAUUGUUUAGAUUUUGAUUUUAUCUUGAAAAGCGGACACUAA